CCGCACGAAAGCUGCUAGCAAAGCAGAAAGUGGCGAAAAGUGUUUUUUUGUGGAAAAUAGACAUUGAAACAUCGAAAUGGCAAAAAAUAGAUCCCCUCCCGAAAAGUAGGGGCGCGGCCGAAGGCGUCGGGAGCUGCUAAACUGAUUAGAAAAUCCGCCUUGGCCAAUUCCGAUUGCUGUUGGCAUUUGACACGGCCAAAGCGAAAGCUAGUGGGGCAGUGCAACAAGAGCAACAGAGGCACUUUUGUUGCCAAAUAGCCAGCGACAAAAGUUGUAUUUUUUUUUUCAUUUCAGCCGCUGUCUUGUCAGUUGAGUGUUCGGCUCUCUGCUGGCCGUCAAUUAGCACCGUUUGCCAUUUGAACGGAUUUCUUGGUGCUCUCUCUGUAGAUUCUGUAGAAUCGCGCAGAAGAGGGCCCUUGGCCACUUUCCGUCGCUGGGGCAUUAAUCAGUUGCAAGACGAUCGAUUAGCGGUUAACAAGAGCCCCGCCACCGUGCAACCGAGGUCCGCUGCACGUCCGACCCACCUCUCCGAGCGCACCCAGCCCGGAACAGAGACCCGAAAUAUUGAGAUAUAUGUCCGCAAAUAUCAAUCGAUGAUUGGUCCAAUAAUUUUUGAGUGAAAUAAGGCAGGCCGCGAAAGUGAAAUAAAUAUUUUUCGAAUUACCUAAUCGGCUGGCCAUUAACGUGAGCUGCCAAAGUGUGAGUGAUUUUAGAGGCGAGUGCGUGGUGAAUAUAAUUUAUAUAAUACGCGCCACCAACAGCGGCUGUUUUCUCGCCGAGACUACUCAUUGCAUCUUUGACCGUCGGAGGACUCGGAAUCGGAUUCGGAUUCGGAUUACGCAAUGGCCGCCGAAGAGACGGCGCUGACCGGCGUCGGAGAGCUGAUUUUCUCGCUGAUAAUCGGCUAUCUGGGCGCCCUGGAGUUUGCCUUUGUGGCCAGGCACCUCUACCACUGGACCUUCCGGCAUCCGGAUGACUCUUCCGUGGACGCUGCCGCAGAUGCCGAGGAACUGCCUCGAAUGCGCGAGCGGCUGGACAAGGAGAUAAGGGAGGCGGGCGAGAGGGAAUCCCUAGCGGGCACUAAUGUUAUGGAAGAUGGGGUUCUCUACUCCAAAGGCUUCCGGGUGACGCCUUCCGGUGAGCCCGUGGGAAAACUAGAAGCCGAACUGGAGCGCCAACAGCAAAUAGAGGCGGAAACGCGACGCCAACUGGCGGAAGCGGAAGCCAAGUUGGCGGAGGAGCGUCAAAGGAUCCAGAGGGAGAAGGAGGAGGCCGAGGAGCAGGCCAGAAGAAUCGUAGAGGCCGAGAAGCAACGUGAAAAGGAACAAGCAGAGAAGGAGCUGCGGGAGCAGAGAGAACGGGAAGAGCGGGAAAUAGCCGAAAGAGAUCGCCUGCAGCGCGAGGAGAACGAAAGAAGACUCAUAGCAGCGGAAAGAGAGCGCGAGGAGAACGAACGCCGGCUGCAGGCUGCGGAAGAGCAGCGGGAGCGCGAAGAAAACGAAAGAAGACUGUUCCAAGCCGAACAAGAGCGCCAGGAGGCUGAGCGCCAAAGAGAACUGGCCGAGGCCGAGGCAGCCGAGGCCGAGCGACGCCUCUUCGAGGCUGAAAAGCAACGGGAACUCGACCAGGCAGCCGAAGAAGAACAGGCUCGCCAGGAUGCGGAAAUCGUGGAGCGACUUCUGGCGGCCGAAAGAGAACUUAACAUGAGCGCCACCGAGAGCGAGUUGGAGGAGGAUGUGGUUCUGGCCGAGCAAAGCCGACGGCUCAUCUCCAGUAAACAGGACCUGGAGCAGAAGCAGAGGAUGAUCGAGGAGAACGCCAGAAGAUUCCUGGAGGCCGAGGAGGAGAUGGUGAUGCUGCAGCAGCGCCAGUUGCAGGCCAACCGGAGCAAGGAGGAGGAAGACGAGUACGCCGGAAUGGAGCCCGUAGAGGAGGCGCCAUGUGUGAAAAAGAUACUGCCGCCCCGUUUCGAGGAACCCGAAGUAGAGGAGCCACUGGUGGUGCAGAAAGUCAAAACCCAGUUUGGUCAAGGCAGCGGCUCUGAAGAUGGGUACCUGGUCAAGUCCAAAACCCUCAACUUCCCGGGCGUCUCCGAUGAGGGAUCCUCCGUGGAGCCCAAUUCCAGCCAAAAGUCCUCGUUCAGCACCCAGCUCUCUGACGAAAUCAAUCGAGCCGGAGAGCGACCCGAACCGGAGGGAGAGGAUCAGGUAUCCGAUGUGCAGUACACCGAGGACUAUCUACGAUCCCUAGACGGAAUCAAGAAUCGUCCUUUGGUCCGAGAGGAUGGCUCGGGAAGGCGAAGAGCCUUUAAGAAGCGUCGUUCUAGUGGCAGCUCCAACUCAUCGCGUGACUCACGUGCCUCACGUGACGAGGAGUUGAAGAUGUUCACCUCGCUGGAGGAGGAGGAGCUCCGACAUGGCGACCGGGAGGACUACAAUCCCAUCAAGUACACCAGUGAGCCCACCCUGAAGGUCAAGCAGCACCAUCGCCGCCACAAGCGGAGUCCGGCCAAGGAUGUGAAGCCACCGCCGGAGGCCAGUGGCUCCCUGGAGAUGCUCGGCGAGGAGAGCACCAAUCCUUGGGGCGAGGUGGUACCGGAACACUACAAGGACACUGAGUUCUGGAAGCGGGAAAAGGCCUUGUCCAUCGACGAGGAGGGAGUGGAGCUGGAAAAGUCCACCCGGGGGGAGGAGGUAGAGGACGAAGCCACCAACGAACCAAAAUCAUCGUCCUUUGAGGAGGCCACAGAGGCGCAGAACGAGCAGGCGGUGGAAGCUUUAAAGAACCAACACUCUAAGGAGCAGGCGGAAAAAGAAUCGGAGAAGGACACCUCGCAGGCAGCGGAUAACAGCGACAGCAACAAAGCCAAUCUGCAAACCUCGUCUGCCACGGAGGAGCAGAGGGGUGGCUCACCUGGCCUGCGUCGCAGUCCCCGCAUCGACGAGAUGGAUCACUACGAGGAGCGUUGGUCCGCCAACCAGGAACAACCACCGGAGCAGCCUCCGCCGGGAGCGCCCACCAUCAAUAUCCACCAGCCACCGGAUACGGCACCUUGGCGGGAUGAGCACGGACUCCUCAUGGAGGGGCUCAGCGAUUUUUAUGACUUCACAGCCUCCGUCAACCCCUCCAGAUCCCGAUCGACUUCAAGAAAUCCCUCUCCAGUGCCCAAGAACGUGGCCAAUCUCAUGGAUGUGGAUGCGGAAAAAUCCCUGGAGGUGUACGACGAUACCCAGGAAGGCGUAGUGGCGGGAGAGCUGAACUGCGAGUCUGUCCUCCAACUAUUGGAAUCCAAUUUAAAUGAAAAUGAUUCCCAGGAAAACCAAAUCCAAGUCCAUAACGUGGCUGAUGAUGCCAGAAAUGGCAAUGAGGUUGUCCCAAUGAUAUACGAGACUUUGGAAGCUCCCCGGGAGGAAAGAGGCCGAUCCCGAUCACGUUCUCGUUCCCGUUCCCCUCUUCCCACCUCGGAGAAUCUUGAGAGGAGCAUCAGUAAACGCAGGGAGAGAUUGAUCAAGCAGAAUGAUGACCUGGCAGAGCGGUUGUCCCACUCUGGCUCGGAAGGCGCCAUGGAGAUCGAAACUAACGGCAAUGGCAGGACAAGUCCCCAGUCAGAAGAGACUCUUCCCCAGCCCGUGAUUGAAAUUAAUGAAAUGGCAGAUGCCCCCAUGGAGGAUCUGGAAACGACACCCGAACAGAUGCUCCUCUUUGUGGAGACUUUGAGAGCCGAGAGGUGUGCGCGUUCCCAUUCACGAUCCCGCUCUAGGUCACCUCUGCCCACGUCGGAUAACAUUGAGAAGAGCUUGGAGAGUCGUCGAUUGAAACGCAUCCAACACAAUGAUGAAAUCUUCGAGAAGCUCCACCUCCAACAGCAAUCGCCAGAGAUUAUCGUGGAGUCUGCAGCUCCCCCCAUGUCACCAGAGAUUAUAGUCGAAGCAGCAUCCCCAACAGGAUCUCCUCCAGCUCCUCCCUUGCCCAUGAUAUCCAUUGAAAUUGUGGAGCCACCUCCCGAGGAGGAAGCAGAGCCUGAAGAUACUCCGGAAAGCAUGGCUAGGUUGUUUGAGCAACUGCGUCUCAACCGAGUCCGCUCCCAUUCGCGAUCCCGCUCUCGGUCUCCUCUGCCCACAGCCGCCAAUUUGGAACACAGUCUCCAGAAGCGGCGGGAAAAGCUGAUUGCCCAGAAUGAUCAGUUCUUCGAGGUCCUCCAGGAGAGAGCUAGGACUCCGGAACCAGAAGCACGCCUAACAGUCGAAUAUGUUUACGAAUUCGUUCAGGAGACGGAGGAGUCCACUGUUGAGACCCGUGACAUGCGCUCCUUGUCACCUUCGCGGUCCAGAUCCAAGUCACCCUGCCGCUCGCGCUCCAAGUCGCUGGAUCCGGAGGCUGAUGACUUCCACUUGAUGCUCAACCUGGAGGGCAGUGAGCUGCGAACUCUCCGGAAGAAUAGCGAGGAAGUGGAGAGCGUGUUGGCCUCCAGUGUUAAGCAAAGGGAGGUGGACUUGGAGGCCCUGGAGAAGCUGCACAACGCCCAGGAGGAAAUCGAGCUGCGAGUCCUCAGUCCCACAGCUUCUGAGCUGGAACGGGUGGUUGAAAUGACCAAGGAUAUACCGGACCUGGAACGCACAGUUUCCGAGGUGGCCCAGGACCUGCAGGACGAACUGAUGGCCAGUGGCUUUAAGCGCUCCACUUAUGUAGGAGAGUCAAUGGACCUGGGAAGCGAUCAGUUCAAAGAUCUGCGACGCCAAGCUGCUGAUUUUAAGAGAUCCCGGAGUCCUUCGCCCGGAUUGAGUUUCGAAGAGGCCCGGGAACAGGCAGCUGUCCAAAGGGAGCUGCAAGCCGCCAUUCUGGACUCCCUGACCGAAAACCGUUUGGGAGCCAAGCCAAAGACCUACUCCGAGGAGAGAUCGGUUCAGUCCCAGGAAAUGUCACCCACCAAGUUGGACGAUCUGCGUCACCGCACCGCCGAGUUCCAGAGAUCUCGGAGCCAGAGUCGCUCGCCCCUCAGGGAAGAUGAACUCAACCAACUCAAGGACAUUGAGGCCGAGGCAGCCAAGCGGGAGCUGCAGGAUCAGUUGCUGGACAAGCUGGCCGCUUCGAGCAUCAACUUUGAGAACUUUUCGCGGAAUCUGAAUGCCGAUUUCCUGGACAGCGAGCGUCGGGCUUCGGAUUCAGCUUUGAUGAGUGAACUGGAGCCGGAGGAGUACCACCACUUCCGUCGCUAUUCACUGGCCCAGGAGCAGCCUGUGGAGGAGUAUCCUAGCGACGACUAUGUUUAUAUUUCUCAGAUCGAGGUACGCACAUUGACGGGCACCAGAACCUGGUUGAAGGAGGACUUCUAUGUCCAGGAGCCGGAUGACUUUGUGGGCUCCAAGAACGACAUGGUGGAUCAAGAGUCAUGGGCCAGAGCUGUCUUGGCAGCCGAGGCUGAGGCAGCAGAAUUCGACUCCACCAAUGCCAUCUACAGAUACGAUAUAGUCGGAGACCACGAGAAUCUCGACCAGGAGCGGAGUAGCUCCAACGAGAGCGAUGAUAGGCAGACAGUGGUGGAGAUAGACGACGAAGACGACUACGAGUUCGAACUGGAUGAAGGGAUCUCGGAUAACAAUGAACGCACCCAGCCCACGGAUGAGUCCCAUCACGAUACCUCCGAGUGCGAGGAAGCGGAACGGAAUACUGAUCGUUAUGCCAAUCGGAGAGCUCAGGAUUGGGAGGAGGUGGACGACGUGGAGGACUUCUUGGAUUACGGCCUGGAUGAUGGCGCUGUAGGCGGGGCCACUCCCUACUCAGACCCGGAUUCCUUCAUUGAACAAAUCUACAACGAUGCCAUAAAGAACAGAAAACAGUCGGGCAUCCUGAGGGAGUACGAGACUAUGGUUCAGGAGCAACUCCCGUCGGAUACCAGCGAGUCGGAGAAGGAAAAGUCCGGCUCGGAAAGUGAACGGUAUGCCCUUUGGGCCAAAACCAGGGAGCUGGAGAGGUCCAGUUCCUCCAAUCGGCAUGCCGAUGUGGACAUUGCUUUGGGACUGGUUCCGGAAAACGAUCGCAGGGAGUCGGAAAUGCGGUACUUGGGGGAUGCCCAUGUGGCUGCCCGGCAAUCCACGAGGCUGCGAACUCGCUACGGCUAUAAUCCCAAGCUGGAAGUCGGUGCUGUAGAAGAUGACAUCGAGGUGGACUUAAAUUACAAACCAAAACGGGAAUACAAUUGGCGGAAGAACUUCCGCCUCGACGAUAAUGACGAAGUGGAAAACAAUGGAACGGAGAAUGACAAUGGAGAUGAAAUGAAUGAAGAUAUUGGAGAUCAGUUGGAGGAAUCAGACCUCCGAGGUCCUGCAGAAGAACAAGAACAAAACGAGCAUCCAUAUAAUUACGAAGAAAACGGAGAUGUCAAUGGUGAGCCAGUCGAUCUUCGUCGUUAUAGUCUGGGAGGGGAAAGUAUCACCCUUUUUAGUCGCAGUCCAGUUCGUGAAUUACUCCCAGAUGUACCCGAGGAGCUGCCUCAAGAUGAAGAGCCUCCCAAAGAAUAUCCUGAAGAAGCAGCUGCUGUAGAAGAACCACCCAUGGAGAAGCCCAAAAAGAAGAAGAGCAAGAAGAAGCUCCGAAAAGGAUCUAAAACAGAAGAAGAGCUCAGAGAUGACAACGAUUCAGAUACACAAGCGGGAUACUUCCGAAGAAACGAUGAUCCUGAGAUGGCAGAGCCUCCGAAAAGAAAGUCCCGAUCCCGUCGUAGCUCCAAGAGCAGCCUAACCAACGAGGAUGGUAAUGGACUCUUCUCGCCCAGAAGUAGUCUGGCCUUUGUGGGAGAAACUCUGGAGGGCAUAGCAGAAAUGGACACCCAGGAUCGCGACGAGGGCCAAACAUCACCCAAGAAGAAGACCAAGAAACGCAAGAAGGCUUCCACAAAAGAAACUAAAGAAGAGACCAGAGAAGAAAUCCCACCACCUUUCCCAGAAGACUCCCACCUAGAUAUGGCUCUAGCAGCAGCUCUGGCAGAGAUAGCCCCCGUUUCCGUAUCCACGAACUUAACUCCAGAAUCCACCCAGCAGAACCUACUUUCAAUUGUGAGUGCCGGGCAUAGUGUAUGCAUGACGCCGGCAUCGUCGAUCGAGGAGAUUGGAGAUUCUCCAACGGACACAAAUGUCGCGGAGGUGGCUGCUGUGGUGCCCGCCCGAUCCGUGGUGGACACCUUCGAUAUCCUGAAAGACGCCAACUUCUAUCCGCUUUUCUAGAACAGCGCUUGGUUCGAUCACUAACCCCACUCUAUCACCCAUUUGAAUGACUCUCUAAAUAUUUUUGUUUUAUAGACAUGUUCAUAAGCCAAGUCACGUCAAGCCCAGCACAAUUCAGUCCAGUCUAAGCCAAUAUCCACAAAAACCGAGCACGCUGUACACGAAAUCAGACCCAGUUCCAGAAUCUUGCCCAGAAUGCCCAGCAACCAGUAUCCAGCAUCCAGCAUCCGCUCCUCUGACUGAGGGAUCGAUAUCCUUGAUCCCGCUCUGUAUAAACUAUGUAUUAUACUAACGAACCGCAAACUAUAAAAAUGAACCCAAGAAUCAUCGAACGAUUGAAGGAUUGUUUACCUUAGCUGUUAGUUUAUUUAACGAUUUUGUCUUAAUAAAAAAAAAAAAAACACAAAAAAAAAACAAUGAAUGCCGAGAAUAAAUGCCAACUGAAUAAAUGAAGAAAACAUUUGGUUGUA